AUAUGAAAGUGACAGUAUGUUUUGGAAGGACCCGGGUGGUCGUUCCCUGUGGGGAUGGGAAUAUCAAAAUACACAGUCUUAUUCAGCAAGCGACAAUGAGAUAUAAAAAAGCCAUAGCUAAGGACCCAGGCUACUGGAUACAGGUUCAUCGGUUAGAACAUGGAGACGGAGGCAUUUUGGACCUGGAUGACGUGCUAUGUGAUGUAGCCGACGACAAAGACAGGCUGGUGGCGGUCUAUGAGGAACAGGACCCCCAUCAUGGUGGUGACGGCACCAGUGCCAGCUCCACGGGCACCCAGAGUCCUGAGCUCUUCAGCACGGUGGAGCUCAACUCCAGCAACCUGUCCGCCUUCCAGCCUUACCAGACCAGCAGUGAGAUCGAGGUCACUCCAUCAGCCCUCAGGACCAACAUGCCCUUGCAUGUACGCCGUAGCAGUGAUCCAGCACUGGUUGGUCUUCCCGAAGCCCAACUUCAGCCAGAGGAACCAUCUCGUAAGAAUCCCACACGCUGGUCGACCACGGCAGGGUUUCUGAAACCCAACGCCACCAGCGGAACCAAUAGUCUAGAGCGAAAGGGGAAGGAUCUGGAAGCAUACCGCAGCCUGCCUCGUGAUGUUGUCCCCUGGGUUCACCAGUUUCAGAGGGAAAACGCUCGCUCAUCCCUUAGUGCCAACCAUCCAAUGGUGGACCGAUGGCUUGAGCGUCAAGAACAGGAAGAAGAAGAAGAAGAAGAUGAGGAGAGAACAGACAACGGGAAGAACGGGAGGAUAGAACCGGUGGGACGGGCAGAUUCCUGUGUAGAAUCGGCGUCACUUGAUGAAAUGUUAAAGCCGGUUGAGGUGUCCAAUGGCGGCGGGCCCCUAGGAAUCCAUGUGGUGCCUUUCAGUGCCAGAGAUAGAAGGACGCUGGGUUUGUUAGUGAAGAGGCUGGAGAGGGGCGGAAAGGCGGAGCGUGAAGCUCUGUUCCAGGAGAAUGACUGUAUCGUCCGGAUUAAUAACGGAGACCUGCGCAACAUCCGAUUUGAACAGGCCCAGAAUUUGUUCAGACAGGCUAUGCGUUCUCCAUUCAUCCUGUUCCAUGUAGUUCCAGCGGUGAAGAAAGCCCAAUAUGAGCUGUUGUCUCAGAAUGAACUGGGCCUUCAGGCUGGAUCGGGGCCUGGUGACAGAGGCAGUCUGGUGGGGAGUGGCGUCGACUAUAGCCCGCGGAGAAUGUCCAAAGCGGAAUCGACCCGGGGCUAUCCCACAUUACCGCACCCUGCAAACCCUUCAAACAAGACCCUAGCAGGCCCUCUCCAACACUCCAGGCCCACCAGUGCGGCUUCCUCCGUGGGCUACUCCAAAAAGAUUGGCCGCAAAUUCAACGUCCAGCUGAGAAAAGGUCCGGAAGGGUUGGGUUUUAGCAUCACUUCCAGAGAUGUGCCCAUCGGCAGUUCUGCCCCCAUAUAUGUGAAGAAUAUCCUCCCCCGUGGAGCCGCCAUCCAGGAUGGGCGUCUGAAAGCUGGAGACCGGCUGCUAGAGGUCAAUGGAGUGGAUCUGAAUGGUAAGACUCAGGAGGAGGUUGUGGCUCUGUUGCGCUCGACUCCCAUGGGAGGCACUGUAGGUCUUCUCAUCGUCAGACAAGAGGACGCUUUUCUUCCCCGCGAAGUGGUGAGUCACACACUCUUACUCUCACACACACACCUAAAUUGCAACCAUCUUAAAAUGGCUUAACAAUGGCCCCAGUAAAACGGUCUCUCGAUAUCACACAGAGUUCAUAUAGCACCAUGAAAUGGCCUCUUCAACUCCUUCCCUGCCUCGGGCCUAUUUAGGUCACAUGUGUGCCAUAGAGGCAGCUGCCACCCGCCUUAACUCAUUUUGAAGUCAUUAUUAUUUCCAUAAUAGAUAAUUCAGGAGUGCAAAUGAACUCUGGGCUGCCUUGACAUUUGUAUGCAGAUUUUUUUCUUGGUCGACGUUCCAUAAAGAUGCUUCUUUAUUCAGUCAGUGCGGAAGGUUCCCAUUGGCUGUCUCUGUUUACAGCAUCAGUAAAGUUCCUCCUUUGCACUUACAGAGUUCCUAUGCAGUAUGCUAAAGUAUGCGAUUUGAUUUUAGUACUUUCCAGGUCUGCAAAAGCUUAGGAAAUAUGUGUGUUUACAGACUAUUGCCCCUAUUCUGUUUUCUAAAAUAUAAAAUUGAGCAUAUCUAAAAAUAAAUGUGUCAUACAAGUUUGGAGCAGACAGCAAGUGCUGUUUUGGGAUUGUUUUACUUGACUGAAUAAAUUUAAGGUGCAUAUUUUGUGUCUAACAUAAGCGAGUCUCUUCACUAAAUGAACAAAUGUGCACCUCUGUGUCAUUCAAACCAGCAACAGAUAAAGUGAGUGUGCAGUCAUUUAAAGGUCCCGUUUUUUGUGUUUUUUUGAAGCUUUGAUUGUGUUUAUAGUGUG